AUGCCAACUCUGUCUAUAUCUUCUUAUGAGGAAGAUUAUGAAUCUAUACAUGGAGAAGAGUAUAAACUAAUAUAUGAGGAAGAGUAUAAACCAAUGUAUGAGAAAAAGUAUAAACUAAUGCAUGAGGAAGAGUAUGAACCAAUGUAUAAAAAAGUAUAUAAACCAAAGUUACAAUUAGAUAACUCUGAAGUUAGUGAAUCAUCGCAAGUACAAAAGUCAAAUAGAAGUAAUUCUACAUAUACCAG